AUGGCGCCGGCCAAGAAACGCAACGUGAGUUCUGGAAAAACAACAGAAGAAAGUGCAAAAAGAGCUAAAAUCAACCUAAACAGCAAAGUCGAGAGUAUACUUGAGAGCAGAAAACAUGCCAACGAUGUUUUUGACAUCCUCGAGUUCCUUCAGUCAGAAAAGGAGAAGGAUGUUGUCAGUGCUGUCAAUGCGUGCAGCACAUUGUUCAGCGCCUUGUUGGAGAGAAAAGACCUGUUUAAAGGGAAACUGCCUGGAGAGGAAGAGGUGCUGAGUGGUGGACACAGCGCUGAAGAGAAGUACAGCAUUUUCAUGCGACACCGUUACAACAGUUGUGUGGAGAUGCUGCUUGAACACCUCAGCCAUGAGCUUCAUGGAGUCAAGGAAAGUGCUCUGUGCUGCUUGAUGAAGUUUGCUGCAGUAGAAGGACAGCAUCCCCUCGAGGACUUGGACUGGAGUGAACACUACAGCUUCCCGAGAGAACUCAUCUUGGCUGUGGUGGUUGGACUGUUGUCCAAAACUACAGACAACUCCCUGCUGAUCUCCAGGUUCCAGGAGUUCCUGGAGAUGGAGGAUAUACGCUAUUAUGUCAUGAGCUCCAUCCGUGAGAAUGUGGGCAAAGUCAUGGACAAAUACAAAGGGGCUGUGGCACCCAUAUAUCAGAACAAUGUGUUCUGCCUCAUGUCCAACAUUAGUAUUCCAAGCCAGGAGUCAGAGCUCACCAACUUUAUGGUCAAACAGGAAGCUAAGCACGAGGACUGGAAAGCUGCAAAACUGGGUGAACACAAGCGUGCCUUUGAGAAGAUGUGGCUCGGCUUUCUCAAAUAUAAGUUGCCAAGCAACAUGUAUAAAAAGGUCUUGGUAAUCCUCCAUGACUCCAUUUUGCCCCACAUGAGCAAACCCACACUGAUGAUCGACUUCUUGACUGCUGCCUAUGAAGUUGGUGGGGCAAUCAGCCUGCUGGCCCUCAAUGGACUUUUUGUCCUCAUACAUCAACACAAUCUAGAUUACCCUGAUUUCUACAAGAAGUUGUAUAAUCUGCUUGAGCCCUCUGUUUUCCAUGUGAAGUACAGAGCACGCUUUUUCCACUUAGCCAACAUCUUUCUUAGCUCCAGUCACUUACCAGUGUAUCUAGUGGCUGCGUUUGCUAAACGUCUGGCUCGUUUAGCUCUCACUGCACCGCCGACAGCGCUCCUCAUAGUGCUGCCCUUCAUCUACAACCUGAUCCGUCGCCACCCGUCCUCCAGAGUCCUUAUUCACAAGCCCAGCACAGAGGAUGAGCCUUUGGAGGACCCCUAUCUAAAGGAUGAAGAGGAUCCAGCUCAGUGCUGUGCUUUAGAGAGUAGCUUGUGGGAAAUAAAGACGCUGCAGAAGCAUUACCAUCCAGAUGUGUCCAAAGCUGCCAUGUUGAUCAGCACAUCCCUGUCAGAACAGGAAGAUGACAUUAGUGAGGUGCUGGAAACAACAACGUAUGAGCUGAUGGAGAGAGACCUGAAGCAGACCAAGACCAAGAGCAUCCCACUGGAGUUUGAAACUGCCACACAAUUGUUAAAAGGGGGAGUGUUGGCACAACACUUCUGUCUGGAUUAAAACAAGGGACUACAUUUAU